AUGGAUAUCCUUUGGCAGUAUCUUCCUUCGAAGGCUGGUCCGGGUAUGGAGAAAGCCAGUUGGCCGCCAUGCGAUACCAACUUCGAUGAUGCAGGCCCUGCUUUAACAGGCUUCAACCGCCCUACCCGCUAUGAAGGCGAGGUCCGAAAUCUUGAGGUAUACGGUAAGAUACCGGCGUCUAUCUCAGGCACCUUCUAUCGAAUCAUGCCGGAGCCUUAUCACGUACCCUGGGUGAAGAACGACAUCUGGCUCAACGGGGAUGGUGCGAUCUCAUCCUUCCGCAUCAAGAAUGGCAAGGUCGAUUUUAAACAGCGCUUCGUACAUACGGAGAAAUUCCGAGUUGAGCAGAUUGAGAAUCGAGCCCUUAUUGGCAAAUAUCGCAACCCCUGGACGGACUUGGUCAAAUUCGCGGAUCGAACAACCGCCAACACGACAGCUCUACCUUUCAAAGGUGUGAUUCUAGCCCUGAAAGAAGACAGCCAACCGUACGCGGUCGACCCUCGCACGCUUGAGACGAUUGGCAAGUGGACCUUCGACGGCCAGUUGGAGAGCGAGACCUUCACGGCGCAUCCCAAGUACGAUGUUCUCACCAGAGAACUACUUGCUUUCGGGUACGAGGGCAAGGGAAUAGGAAGCAGGGAUGUCUUCUACAUGUCAAUUGAUGAACACGGAAAGUUCACCGAGAAAGUCUGGUUCCAGGCUCCUUUUUGCGGCUUCCAGCAUGAGAUGGCCUUCACCGACAAUUGGUGGUUCGAGGGCCCGAACCAGUUCACAGGACAUGUGGCAAACGCCUUCGAAGAGAAUGGGAAGAUCCAUCUCCAAGCGAGUCUAGCCAAAGGUAACGGCUUUGGUUUCUUUCCCGACAAGAAUGGCAAGGCUCCUCCGUUCGACGAACCCAGUAUUCAACCAUACGUCACCGAGUUCAUUAUUGAUCCCAAGUCCGAUAAGCUGUUCUAUGAGGAGUCUGAGCGGCUUGUCCAAGAACCAGACGAGUUCCCACGCAUUGAUGACCGUGUGAUGGGUCAGAAGAACCGCUUCAUAUAUGGCAUGAUCAUGGACAUGGCUUCCGGGGUGACGGAUUGGGAGUAUUCAGCGACCAAGAUAGGAGCUGGACUGGGACACAUGAACACGCUCUACAAACAUGACAUCGAGACUGGCAGAACGCAGAAGUAUCACAGGGGCAAUCGUCACUUCUUCCAAGAACCGCAAUUCGUUCCUCGCCAUUCUGAGGCGGCGGAGGGUGACGGCUUCCUGAUCUCGCUGGUCAGCAACUUUGACGAGAUGACCAGCGAGCUCGUCAUUCUAGACUGCAGCAACUUCGAGGAACACCUCGCGCUUGUCAAGCUGCCUGUCAGGUUGAGGCCUGGGUUUCACGGGAACUGGGUCGACGAUGCUGACAUCGAUGGCCGACCUGUUCCGACGAAGACGUACGUAUACAAGCAGGUGCCCAAUGGCGACCCCAUUGAGGCCGAUGUUCAUUACCAGGCAGAUGGCUCGAAAAAGUCGAAACCGAUCGCAAUUUACUAUCACGGAGGAAAUUUCGUUGUCGGGAAUAAAGGCAUGAUUCAGCCCAGCUACAUACGAAGGCUUCUCGAACUCGGGUUCGGGGCGGUAGUAUCCCCAAACUACCGGCUCUCCCCGACCAUCUCCGCCUACGACGGGCCCAUCACGGACUCUAGGGAUGCGUACGUAUGGGCGCAAACUGAGCUUCCGGGAAAGCUCGCCAAAGAUGCUGGUGUCGAGCUGGAUGGUGAGAAAAUAGUCACUUGGGGUCAUUCAGCUGGUGGAACACUUGCUCUUCUCAUGGCUUCAAUGCCCAAGCCACCCGAGGCCAUUUUGGAUUUGUUUGGUCUCAAAUACAUACGGGACGCAUCCUUCCGAACUCCAGCAAAGCUCCCACCGAUCGAGCUUCCCAGCGUCGAGUUCAGGAACAGGAUCUACCAAGACAUCCCGCCUCCGAGCGCAUCCCCGCCGCCAUUUGGACCCAAGGGUCCCGACAUUUCCAAUCCUCGUAGUGCAUGGCUCUUGGGUAAGAUGAAGGAUGGCACGUUCCUUGAAGAGCUUGUGCCAGAUGGGGACUACGAAAGGGUAGACCCGACUACGUUGUUCUCAUCGACAUUUCCACCGACGUUCUUUGGUCAUGGAGGAGCGGACGAAUCUGUAUCCGUGGAGUUGGCUGAGUGGGCGCAUAAAGCUUUGAAGGAGCAUGGGGUGGACACGGAAUUGUUGGUCGUUGACGGCGCCGGUCACGGAUUCGAUAUGGGCAAGGAACCCGGGGACCCUGCGUACGAAGCUGUGAUGAAAGGUCUGGAAUUUCUGCGAGCACAUGUUUGA